AUGGCCUCUCCCAGUCCCAUAGAGCGUACCAACCGUGUCCUCAGCCGAGCCCUCACCCUCCCCGUCUCGUUGCUGCGCUAUGUAGCCGCCGAACCGCUCAUCACGGGGUCGCUCCUUUUCGCACUCACCCGGGCACCCGCUCAAUACCGGUCGCGUGUGCUCAAGCUGCUGUACGACCGCGGGCUAUCAAGCAAUGGGGUUGCGGGCCUGAUCAAAUCACUAAAGGUCCUGCUUGCCAUUGGCGUUGCCCGGAGGCUGCACCAGGCCCUGACCAGACUUGCACUAAACCAUUGGCAUCUGAAGAAGCCAGGGACGCCCUUCAGGUUCGGCGACACGCAGAAAAGCGAGCUGGUUCUCAUCACGGGCGGAUGUAGCGGGUUUGGCUACGAGAUGGUCAAGGGCUUUUCGAGACACGCCCGUGUCGUUAUCCUCGACAUCCUCCCUGUGCCGGAAGAGCUGAAGAGGAUCCCCGGCGUGUCGUACUACCACGUCGACCUCACCGACUUUCCUGCGAUCGAGACAGCAGCAGAGGCAAUCCGCAAGGAGCACGGCAAUCCCAGCGUUUUGAUCAACAAUGCCGGAAUCGCGACCGGCACAAGGCUGAUCGACGCCUCCGCGAAACUGACCGACCAGAUCUUCAAAGUCAACAUUGCCUCGCACUUUGUCUUGAUCAAGGAGUUUCUUCCCGGCAUGUUGGAAGCGCGCAAGGGGCACAUCGUCACGAUGGCUUCGAUGGCGAGUUUCCUCGCCGCGCCUGGCCUGGUCGACUAUUGUUGUACAAAGAUCGCGGCGUUGUAUCUUCAUGAAGGUCUCCGAAAGGAGCUCCGGACCAUGUACCCCAACGGCACGUGCAUCCAGACAACCAGCGUCCACCCGUCCUGGCACGCAACGGGCAUCGUCAAGCCGUACGAGGCCAACCUGGCCCGAGCCGGCGUCCGACUCGACGCCGCGUCCAACGUCAGCGACGCGGUCAUUGAGCAGGUUCUCGCGGCGCGCAGCGGGCAGAUCUUCAUGCCCAGAAGCGCCGAAGCCAAGACGAGGGCGCGCGACUUGCCCAUCUGGGUGCAGGAUGCGGCGCUGUAUUUGUUGACGAGGAGAACCGGAUUGGUGUUUUGA